CAACAGCAACAAUCACCAAACACACUUAUCUCUCUUUCUCUACGGAUAAUUUUUAAUACACAAAAUUCUUUAUAUUUCUUUUUUAGUCGGUUUCAAAGAAAACCAAUUAAUAAAAACUCUCAAAAUCUCUCAACCAGUUUUGAACCUAACACCUUCCCCUUCUCAUCCACUAUUCAUUCUCUUCUCUUCUCUUCUCUUCUCUUCUGCUUAACAUUACCAAUUAAUAUUUAACAUUAACAUUAACAUUAACAUUCUUUCUUUCUUUCGUUCUUUGUAGAUAUAUAUUUAUAGAAAGUUGCUUCAUUUCUUCAAAUAUUGGUUCCCAGUUUUAUUGGACAGACAGCUAGUUACAAGCUUUUGUUUUUGUUAAAUCAAAGUUUCUAUCUUUACAGGUAUUUGAAGUCCUAUACUUUGCACUAGCCUUUCAGGAUAUUGUUUGGAAGGAAGGCAAGGCACUGAUCCUGUGUUAUCUCCAUAGUUCUAUAUAAAAUCAGAUAUUUUAGAACUAAAGCUGGCAACAAUGGUGUCAAGAUCUUGCAUAAAUUUACUGGAGUUACCAUCUGGAGACAUGUUGAAUCUCCCUCGAACUCCUAGAUCCAUUCCAAGGGUGAUGACUGUUCCCGGAAUUCUUUCUGACACAGAUGGCGAUGGAAGCAAUGAUGGGGAUUCAGAUACUCCAUCAUCUGGAUGCCAGAAGAAGAAAAUUAUAGUAGCAAAUUUUCUUCCUCUAAAUGCUCAAAAGGAUUCAAAAUCUGGCAAAUGGACUUUUAGUUUUGACGAGGAAGCCCUCUUGUUACAAAUGAAGGAUGGGUUCUCAAUUGAUACAGAGGUUGUUUAUGUGGGAUCUCUGAAGGCUGAUGUAGAUACAAGUGAACAAGAGGAAGUCUCCCAGAAGUUGCUUGAUGAAUUUAACUGUGUACCUACCUUUCUUUCUCCUGAUCUUUACAAAAUGUUUUACCAUGGUUUCUGUAAGCAUCACCUGUGGCCCCUUUUCCAUUAUAUGCUGCCUAUGUGCCCUGAUCAUGGCGAUCGUUUUAACAAAUUGCUGUGGCAGGCCUAUGUCUCUGCUAAUAAGAUUUUUGCUGAUAAGGUUAUGGAAGUUAUUAAUCCUGAAGAUGAUUAUGUUUGGGUUCAUGACUAUCACCUAAUGGUCCUCCCUACUUUCUUGAGGAAGCGUUUCUAUCGAGUUAAGCUUGGCUUCUUCCUUCACAGCCCGUUCCCCUCAUCAGAAAUUUACCGAACUCUGCCUGUGAGAGAUGAAAUACUGAAAGCACUGCUGAAUGCUGAUUUGAUUGGUUUUCAUACAUUUGAUUAUGCUCGCCACUUUCUGUCCUGUUGCAGUCGAAUGCUGGGUCUAGAUUAUGAAUCAAAACGUGGUCAUAUUGGUCUUGAGUAUUUUGGCCGCACAGUGUACAUUAAAAUCUUGCCUGUGGGAGUUCAUAUGGGUCGACUUGAAUAUGCUCUAAAUCACCCCUCUUCUUCCAUCAAGGUGAAAGAAAUUCAAAAACAGUUUGCAGGGAAAAAGCUUAUUGUUGGAGUUGAUGACAUGGACAUAUUUAAGGGCAUUAGUCUGAAAUUAUUAGCUAUGGAACAACUUUUGCAUCAUAAUCCUGAGUUGCGGGGAAAAGUUGUCAUGGUCCAGAUUGUAAAUCCUGCAAGGAGCGCAGGAAAAGAUGUACAAGAAGCAGAAAGGGAGACACAUUCGACUACCAAAAGGAUAAACAGUAUAUUUGGUUUUCCAGGCUAUGAACCAGUUGUCCUGAUUGACCGUCCUGUACCUUUUUAUGAGAAAACGGCCUACUAUGCUUUGGCUGAAUGUUGCAUUGUAAAUGCAGUGAGGGAUGGAAUGAACCUGAUCCCCUAUAAGUACAUUGUUUGUAGACAGGGAACUUCUAAAAUGGAUGAAGCUCUGGGGGUUGCUUCUGGAUCGCCGCAUGCAAGCACUCUUGUCGUUUCAGAGUUUAUUGGUUGCUCACCGUCCUUGAGCGGUGCCAUAAGGGUCAAUCCAUGGGAUGUUGAAGCUGUAGCUGAUGCAUUAAAUGUGGCCCUUACCAUGUCUGAUUUAGAAAAGCAGUUGAGGCAUGAGAAACACUAUAGGUACAUUAGCUCUCAUGAUGUGGCUUAUUGGGCUCGCAGUUUUAUGCAGGACUUGGAGCGAGCGUGCAAGGAUCAUUACAGUAAACGGUGCUGGGGUAUUGGUUUUGGUCUAAAUUUUAGAAUUUUGUCACUUUCACCAAGCUUUAGGAAGCUUUCUAAUGAGCAUAUUAUCUCUGCAUAUAAGAGGACAUAUAGGAGGGCAAUAUUUCUGGAUUAUGAUGGAACAGUGGUGCCUCAAACUUCUAUUGUGAAAACCCCCAGUUCUGAAGUUAUAUCUGUUCUAAACAGCCUUUGCAGUGACCCUAAAAACACAGUGUUUAUAGUUAGUGGCAGGGGGAAAGAUUCUCUGAGUGAUUGGUUUGCUCAAUGUGAGAAUCUCGGUAUUGCAGCUGAGCAUGGAUACUUCAUCAGAUGGACCAGGAUGUCCAAUUGGGAAACCAGUUCCCUGGCAGCAGAUUUUGACUGGAAAAAAAUGGCAGAACCUGUGAUGAAACUAUACACAGAAGCAACUGAUGGCUCCUAUAUAGAGGCUAAGGAGAGUGCCUUGGUAUGGCAGCAUCAAGAUGCUGAUCCAGACUUUGGAUCUUGGCAGGCCAAGGAAUUGCUGGAUCAUCUUGAGAACGUCCUUGCAAAUGAGCCAGUAGUUGUCAAGAGGGGUCAGCAUAUUGUUGAAGUCAAGCCACAGGGAGUCACUAAAGGGUUUGUUGCAGAGAAAGUUCUUUCUGCAAUGAUUGCGAAGGGAAAAUCUCCAGACUUUGUGAUGUGCAUUGGGGACGAUAGAUCCGAUGAGGACAUGUUUGAAAGCAUAUCUAGUACAGCUUCUAAUUUGUCAUUUCCUUCAGCUCCAGAGAUCUUUGCAUGUACUGUUGGCCAGAAACCAAGCAAAGCUAGGUAUUAUUUAGAUGAUACUGUAGAAGUACUUGCAUUGCUUCAAGGUUUGGCAACUGCUUCAAGUCCGAAACCAAGGUGUAUCACAGAAGUGCAAGUUUCUUUUGAUAAUGGUGCUUGAAAGGCGAUUCACUGUUGCCCAGCCCAUUAGAUGGAGUGAUACAGAGUGGAGAUAUCCAAUUCUCUGGAUGGGAAUCAUGUUCAGAUGCAUUAGUUCAUGAUACAGUUUACAGAUGGUCAGAGGUUUCAUGACUCUAGUUGUCGAUAUUAACUUAUUCAUCGCAUUCUGGAGCCAGGCACACCAAUGCUGCUUUUCGGUAAUUUUACAGGCAUAGGUUUUUUUUUUUUUUUAAUUACCUUUAGAAUGCAGGAGGAAGAGAGCUGGUGUAUGUAAGUUGUGGUUUAUGGAACGAAAGAUGCUUGUUUUUUCACAGAUUUAGAUGUUUUAUCUUCACAGAGCCCCAUACUGAUGAGCAGACAAUCUUCUUGUAUACAUGGGAAUGGUUUUACAUAUACAUGAAAGGCAUUCUUUCUUUAGGGUUCA